UUUGUUGCUAGGUGCGUUUCAAUCCAAGAUCACAGUGUGGAUGGUGGUCUCGAGUCUACAUACAAAUUUGCGAGAGAAAAGGGUUUAUUUGCUGGGUUUUAGAAAAUAGAAACCUCCCUGCAAUGGCGAAAGAAGAAGCUACGAGCAACCCAAACAAGGCACUAACAAAUACCCGAUUCUCCAACCUUAAACCGGAGCUAUCAGAACCAGUUCUUGAAGCUUUAAACCAUGGCGGUUUUGAGCACUGUACGCCGGUUCAAGCCGCCACCAUCCCUUUGUUAUGCAGCUAUAAAGAUGUCGCAGUUGAUGCGGCCACUGGUUCAGGAAAAACCCUAGCUUUCAUCGUCCCUCUUGUCGAAAUUCUCCGACGCUCCACCUCCUCUCCUAAACCACACCAAGUGCUGGGGAUAAUUAUUUCACCAACUAGAGAGUUGUCAUCACAAAUAUAUAAUGUUGCACUGCCUUUUAUCUCAACGCUUUCAAAUGUCAAGCCAAUGCUAUUAGUCGGAGGAGUGGAAGUAAGAGCAGAUGUGAAGAAGAUGGAGGAAGAUGGGGCAAAUGUUUUGAUUGGGACACCAGGAAGGCUGUUUGACAUCAUGGAACGUGUAGAUGUCAUGGAAUUUCGUGACCUCGAGGUUUUGAUUCUGGAUGAGGCUGACAGGCUUUUGGAUAUGGGAUUUCAGAAGCAGAUUAAUUCCAUAAUAUCGCGCUUACCAAAGAUUCGUAGAACUGGUCUGUUUUCAGCUACUCAGACUGAAGCAGUUGAGGAGCUGGCUAAAGCUGGAUUAAGGAAUCCUGUGAGGGUUGCAGUCCGAGCAGAAACAAAAUCAUCAGAUAAUGACCCCGGAAUGGCCAGCAAUUCAAUAACACCUUCCGGCCUGCAUAUUGAGUAUCUGGAGUGCGAGGCAGACAAGAAAUCAUCAGAGCUUGUUGACCUUCUUGUCAAAUACAAAUCCAAAAAGAUUAUUAUCUACUUUAUGACUUGUGCUUGUGUUGAUUACUGGGGAGUUGUUCUUCCACAGCUCGCUGUUUUGAAGGGCCAUUCACUAAUUUCUCUGCAUGGGAAAAUGAAACAAAAUGCUAGAGAGAAAGCUUUAGCUUCAUUUACAGGUCUUUCAAGUGGGGUUCUUCUUUGUACUGAUGUCGCUGCUCGUGGAUUGGACAUACCAGGCGUUGACUGCAUUUUGCAGUAUGACCCACCACAAGAUCCAAAUGUAUUCAUUCAUAGAGUUGGUCGGACUGCUCGGAUGGGAAAACAGGGAAGUGCAGUUGUCUUUUUGUUGCCCAAGGAGGAAUCAUAUGUUGAAUUUCUGCGGAUAAGGAGGGUUCCUCUACAGGAGAUGAUGUGCUCUGAUAAUGCUCCUGAUGUCAUUCCCGAGAUAAGGUCUGCUGCAAAAAAGGACCGUGAUGUUAUGGAGAAAGGACUUAAAGCAUUUGUCUCAUUCAUCCGUGCAUAUAAGGAGCAUCAUUGCUCUUACAUCUUCAGGUGGAAAGGACUAGAAGUCGGGAAGUUGGCAAUGGGGUUUGGGUUAUUGCAGCUACCUUCAAUGUCAGAUGUGAAGCUCCACACCCUAUCAACUGAAGGUUUUAUUCCAGCUGAGGAUGUGAAGUUUCAGGAGAUCAAAUUCAAGGACAAAUCUCGUGAGAAACAAAGGAAAAGGAAGUUACUGGAGAAACGAUCAGAAGAAAAGCAAAAUCCAAAACCACAAAAACACAAACCCGCUCCAGAUCAUAAGACUGCUGCAAUGAAGAAGAAAACAGCAAAACAAAGACGUGCUGUUCAGGAUAAGGAAGAUGAUGAUGAGUUAACUCGAGAAUACCGCCUUUUGAAAAAGUUGAAAAAGGGAGCUAUUGGUGAGGAUGAGUAUGCGAGGUUGAUGGGAGCUGAAGAUUUGCUUGAAUGAAGAAGAUCUAAAUUCAGCAGAAGUUGAGCAUGUUCCAACUUCUAAAUCCAAGGACCAGCUGCCAGGAAGCUAAUUAGCUUAGAGAGAGGUCAAGUGUCAACCCCUCCCUGAGAUCUCGAGACUGAGAAAGAAAUAUUGGCUGCUCCCGCUUUAUAUUGAUGUUUACACCAUGAGUCGCCAAUGCGAUUGAGAAACAUCGACAUGGCGGAGCAACAAAGCUUCAAGAAUAUUUGAAGAAAAAUAUCACAAAGGUAAACUAGAUAUAUCAAUCGAAAUCUUGAGUUUCAAAUUUUUUAUUUGUAUUAUCCCUAUUGGUUGUGUAUACAAAAGAGCCCGUCGACUGGCUGGUAAUUGAUUCUACAGUUGAGAUGCUAUAAGUUAGAGAUUAAUUUCUUUUGUUACUGAACUGGAAUAGAAUGAGGGAGUCCCCAUGGGGAUGUUCGAUAAAUCGGAAUGAUUGGUGCAACUUAUCAUGCCAAAGCUUUCACUUUCAGGUAUAGACAUAUUGCAACUUUUCCCUUGUAAUGACUGGCUUGUAGUUCAUGGUUGAGAUGUCUAAAUCUCUCUAGGGAUGAAUGAUGAUACAUCUGUUAACAGCUAAUAACCAUUAGGAUUAUUCAUCUAAGUUGCUUGCUUCUGAAUAAUGUAGUUUUCCAUUUUUUGAUGGGGUUUAUGCUGCUGCUGCCUUCUGAGCAAGCUUCCUUAUUGGAUUUUGGCAAGAUUAAUGUACUGUUUUCUGCUUA